AUGGCGCACUUUCCCUUCGAGGUGCCCCUGCAGGCCUUCUGGCUACAGGCGCCCGCGUCCGGCGGCCCCAGCCCGGCGGCGCUGCUGGCGGGCUUCGCCACAUAUGCAUACGACGCCUCUGUCAGCGCCGCCGCCCUCGCCUUUCUCCAGGCCCUCGCCCUCACCCUCGCGCCACCGCCGCUCCCCGGCGCCGGCCACGCCGGCGCCGCGGGCGCCCACAUCCGCCCGCGGCUGCCCGGCAGCUUCUCGGGGCUGCUGGGCGCCUGCCCGGGGCUGGCGAGGGCCCUGGUCGAGCCGUUCAGGCGCGGCUACGCGGCCGCGCUUCCUGACAUGUUCUGCCGCGCGGCGGCGCUGCUGGAGGCGGCCGCGAGGCACCACCCAGAGCUACUGGAUGCGAUGUGCUUCCCCUCGGGCCUGGAGCAGCCGCCCGCGGUGGCCGGCGCGGGCGCCGCAGCUGCGACGGGCGCGCUCGUGCCGAGCGGCGGGAAGGAGGGCGGGCAAGCGGCGGCGGCUUCGGCGGCCAAGAAGGGCGGCGCGGCGCCGCCGUUCAGCGCGCUCGACGGGCUGUGGGCGCUGCUGCAGAACGCGCGCGGCCUGCUGCAGUCGUCCCCGCGCGCGGCGGCGGCGCUGCUGGGCGCGCUGGGCGCGCUUUGGGAGUGCCAGGCGUCGGCGCGGGGGGCGGUGGAGCUGCUGAGGGGCCAGACUGGUUUCUGGGACGCUUUGAAGGCGUGCCUGCCGGAGCCCCAGUCGCUCCAACCGCCGCCAGCUGGCGCCCCCCUCGACCCCGAGGAGGCAGAAGCAUCCGCCUGGCGAACCAGCGCGGCCGCCUCCGCCCUCCACAUCCUUCUCCUUGAAAUGCUGUCGGUCCCGGCGCCCGCCGCUGGAGCGGCGGCAAAGGAGCAGCAACAGCAGCAGCAGCAGCAGCAGGAGGGGGAGGCGGCGUCGGGGGCGCGGCGGGUGCUCAACUCUUUGGGCCCGCGGCGGCUGGGGGAGCUGCUGGCAGCGGCGGCUGCGCCGCAGCUGCCGGGCCGGCUGCUGGAGGGCGUCCUGUCCCUCACCCAGGCCACAUACCUCCAGCUCGGCUCCCUCGGCCUCCGCGGCGCCUGGGGCCACGCGCAGCACGACGCGCUCGGCGCCGCGGGCGAAUUCAGGGCAGAGGUCGCGCCCCUGCUCGCCGCCUGCGCGCGCGGAGAGUACGAGCCGUCGGAUUUGGAAGCUGCCUGCCAGCUGCUGGCGGACGCCGCGGGCGGCGGCGGCGGCGGCGCGGCGGCGGGGUCGCCGGCGCAGGGCGGGGGCGGGCGCUGCGCGGCGCUGGCAGAGGCGCUGCGGCGAGAGCCAUUCGGCCGGGUACUGCUGGGGCACGCAGCGGCGCCGCCCGCCGCGCUGUCGCCGGCGCCGACGGAUUACGGCCGCAGCUUCCUGUUCGACGCCGGCCAGGUGGAGCGGCUUCUUGGCAGCUUCCUCAUCGAGGAGAUGGGGACGGCGGCUGCCCUGCAGCUGCUGCUGGGGGACGUUGGGGCCGCAGCGUCGCGGUCGCACGCGCGGCUGGCGCUGCUGCAGGCCGUUGCUUCGAUGGUGGCGGCGCUGCCGCGCGACGCGCCGGCGCGCAAGCAGCUGCAGGCGCCCGGCGCGAGCAACGAGCUGCUGCUGCGCUGC